CCACCACAGAAACCUCAGUCGCGCAGCACACUCCGAAGCAUAGCUCCCGUCCCUCCGUCGCCCGAAAAGUACCGAAAAUGUCGCCGGCACCAGUCGUCGAGCACGCCGAUGUCGAGGCGGAGAAGCUGUCUUUCGAGGAGGAGCUCAAGAAGAAGCCGCAGGGCGACGAGCCAAUCGUUGAGGACGUGAAGGACGACGACAAGGAUGAAGACGAGGACGACGAUGAAGACGACGAGGAUGACGACAAGGAGGACGAUGGAACUCCAGGGGCUAAUGGGAGUUCCAAGCAAAGCAGGAGUGAAAAGAAGGCCCGAAAGGCAAUGCUGAAGCUGGGUAUGAAACCCGUUCCGGGUGUCACCAGGGUCACCAUCAAGAGGACCAAGAAUAUACUGUUCUUCAUAUCAAAGCCCGACGUCUUCAAGAGCCCCCACUCGGAGACUUAUAUCAUAUUUGGGGAGUCCAAGAUUGAGGACCUAAGCAAUCAGCUCCAGGCCCAGGCUGCCCAGCAGUUCAGGGUCCCUGACAUGGGCUCGGUGGUCUCUAAGCCUGAAGAUGCUGCUGCUGCAUCCCCGGCAGAGGAGGAAGAGGAAGAGAUUGACGAGACUGGAGUCGAGCCUCGGGAUAUCGAAUUGGUCAUGACCCAGGCGACUGUAUCGCGGAGCAAGGCAGUCAAAGCCCUCAAGUCCAACAAUGGAGAUAUUGUCAGUGCCAUCAUGGAACUCACCAAUUAGGUUUCGUGUUUCCUGCCCAGUUUUGGGGAUUUUCGCUUAUUGGCGGUUUUGAUCUCUCGAUUUUAAAGGAAUUAAUAUUGAGUUGUCAGCGGAACCUUUUUUCAGCGCAUAGCUGCUUUAUCUCAUUUAGAAUUUUGCUGGUGGUCGUGGAGUUUUGUCGUCUCAACAAGCAAAGUAUCAUGUGGACGAAGGGUUUUAUAAGAGGGGAUGCAGUUAGGCUGCUGAGUCCAUGGUCAGGUAUGAGGUACCUUUUUGUGAUGGCCACUAUGAUUAAUACUCCAACACAAGCAGUGUUUUACAAAA